CAGUACUACUAGCUAGGCCGGUAGAGCCAUGGCGAGCUGCAGCGAGGUGCACAAGUCUCUGCAGGCCGUGGCGCAGGGGCUGCGGUGGACGUACGCCCUCCUCUGGCAGCUCUGCCCCGACCAAGGGGCGCUGGUGUGGGCGGAGGGGCACUACAACGGGGCCAUCAAGACGCGCAAGACGGUGCAGCAGGCUCACGGGCAUGGGGCGCCGGCGCCCGCGGACCAGGCGGCGCGGCACCGGAGCCGGCAGCUCAAGGAGCUCUUCGAGUCGCUGGCUAGAGAGGCUGCUGCCUGCGGCGGCCCCGGUGGGAUUAUGAUGAUGACGGGCUGCAGGGCCGAGGCCGUCCAGGAGGCGUCGGCGCGGCGGCCCACGGCGGCGCUGGCGCCGGAGGACCUCACGGAGACGGAGUGGUUCUAUCUCAUGUGCGCCUCCUACUCCUUCCCUCCCCACGUCGGGUUACCUGGAAGAGCAUUUGCAAAGGGAGGGCAUGUAUGGCUCUGUAGGGCAAAUGAAGUUGACAGCAAGGUCUUCUCAAGAGCAAUACUUGCCAAGAGUGCAGGAAUCCAGACACUCGUAUGUAUUCCAGUUGUUGAUGGUGUCCUGGAAAUCGGGACCACAGAAAACGUGAAGGAAGACAUAAGUUUAGUUCAGUAUGCAAUGAGCAUCUUCAUGGAUCAACAAGACAUCCAGAUGAUCCCUACUAUCUCAGAGCAUUCAACUUCAGACAAAAUCUGUCACAUGUAUCAACAGUCAUUCCAAACACCGAGGAAGAUACAUGCUGGUCAGGACAACGAAAUGGAACACGACGAUGACGAUAUCGGUGCGGAGUGUGCGUCGGGUUCAGGGACCAACACCGGGAGGAACUACAGCCGAGAUGCCCCACUGAACAUCGUGGGCAAUACUGAUGAUCAGGCAACACCCAAUGCAGGGAGCAGUGAGCUAAUGCAGCUUGAAAUUCCAGAAAAGGUGAGAGAUGGCUGCUCAAGCAACUUGGAUGAUGAAAUCAAGAUGCUAAUGGUUUGCCAGAACAGCAAUGACCAGUCCGAUUUCCAACGGCAAGAUGAGCCUUACGAGUCUUGGCAUUUUCUUUAUGAGGAGUUAUGCAGUGGCUACCCUCAAUCGUCAGGGGAAAAUCAAGACAUUGUACUCCAACCCGAAAACGCGCACUAUGCAGAAACAGUCAUGUCGAUCCUACAGCGCAACGACACGCGCCGACAAGCCGCCAGCACCAACACCAGAUCCUACGUGGCAGCAUCGCACCAAUCAUCAUUCUCCACGUGGCAUCCUACCAUGCUGCAGCAGGGACGCACGGCCACCGGAGCCGGAGGCACCACCCAACAGAGGAUGCUCGGGAGCCUCCUGUUCAACAAUGCUGCUGCUGCUGCAAGCGGCUACGGCAAGCCGGCCGACGAUAUUCGCGGCGAAGGCGGGCCGCGGAGAGAGGCGGCGGACUUGAGCGCCAACCAUGUCCUGCAGGAGCGGAAGAGAAGAGAGAAGCUCAAGAUGGACAAGGCGUCGAUCCUGGGGGACACGAUCGAGUACGUGAAGCAGCUGAGGAGCCGCAUCCAGGACCUCGAGUCAUCGUCAACCAGGCAGCAGCAGCAGCAGGUCCACGGCGGCGGCGGCGGCGAGCUGGCGAGGAGCGCGAAGCGGAAGAUGGCGACCAGGGCGGCCGUGGAAGGGUGCAGCGCGAGCAGCAGCAGCAGCAGUGCCCCGCCGUCGUCGUCGUUGGCGGCGGCGGCCGAGGUGCAGGUGUCCAUCAUCGAGAGCGACGCGCUGCUGGAGCUCCGGUGCCCCGACCGGCGCGGGCUGCUGCUCCGGAUCAUGCAGGCGGUGCAGGACCAGCUCCGGCUCGACGUCACGGCCGUCAGGGCCUCGUCCGACGACGGCGUGCUGCUCGCCGAACUGCGCGCCAAGGUGAGGGAGGUGCACGGGAGGAGGAGCAGCAUUUCGGAAGUGAAGAGAGCCAUCCAUCUCAUCAUCUCGUCAGGAUGAAUAAAUCCUACGAGAACGAACCAAAAAUAGCGCCACGUACUGUUAAACUUGAUGUACGUAAAGUGAACUCCUCGACAAAUGGUGCAUAUAUGCACUGGUGAAUUGGCGGUAUAUACAUGACGAUGAUUAAUUAGCUGUGCAUUGACAUUGGUUUUGCUAACCAGUAAUUAACAUGCUUUCUUGUACAGAUAAAAGUUCUACUAGUUGUGCUAUUUUCCGGUCGUGUGACCGUUUAAAAAAACAAAUUGUGCUAUUUUCCUUUGGGAGAAGUCCAUUUUACUCCAGUGAACUUUUAAGGAAGUUUAGACUACAACUCUUGACUUUACUUGUUAUAAAUUGCCCCUCUCGGUUCCUCAAA